GGGCGCGGCAGACAACAUUUACAAAGGCCGAAGUACCUUUAUGGAAGAACUGACAGAUACUGCUGAGAUAAUAAGAAAAGCAACUUCAAGAUCACUAGUAAUAUUGGAUGAAUUGGGAAGAGGAACUAGCACACAUGAUGGUAUCGCUAUUGCUUAUGCUACGCUUGAACAUUUUAUUAGAGAUGUGGAGUCAACGACACUGUUUGUCACUCACUAUCCCUCAGUUUGUGAGCUAGAGAAGGUGUAUCCAGAAAAAGUUGGUAAUUACCACAUGGCUUUCUUGGUGAAUGAGCAGGAAAGUGCUGAACAAAAAGGAUCUGAAGAUGAAGAGAAUCCUGAAUUUAUCACUUUUCUUUAUCAAAUCACUAAAGGAGUCUCUGCAAGGAGUUAUGGGCUAAAUGUUGCCAAACUGGCAGAUAUGCCUGAAGAAAUCUUGAAGAAGGCAGCUCACAAAUCAAAGGAGUUGGAGAGAAUAGUGAAUAUGAAAAGAGAAAAGCUAAAGUCCUUUGCUGAAGUAUGGAAGAUAAAUGAUUCUCAGGAACUACAGAAAUGGAAAAGUGCGUGUGAACCUGAAGAUGAAAGAAAGGACAGUUUUUAAUCCUCAAAUCAUGCUUAAAGAUUGAAAAUAUUGGGGAUGCAAAAUAUGGGUCUGGAGACUAAUAGAUUCUAUCAGGGUGUAGUUCUAGGCGCAUUAAGUUGACUUUUCUGCCUUUUGAGAGAUAAGAGAUGCCGUGUUGUGAUAUAAUGCCCCACAUCCACUUCCAGACUGUAUGUAAUUCUCUCACUCUGCGUUCCUUCCCUGAAGUGUUUUC